AAUUACAUACAAUAAGCAGAAAUCAUUAGAUUCUUUAGCCACUAAUUAAAAUUUUAAUUCUAAUACCAAUUGCCUAUUCAAGAAUCAAGAUCAUGGGUGUUGCAACUUUUACUCAAGAACUUACAUCCCCUAUAACACCAAUUCGUUUGUUUAAGGCUUUAAUUGUUGACUCCAAAUCCCUCAUACCAAAACUCUUGCCUCAAUUUGUUGAGAGUGUUGAUUUAUUACAAGGAGAUGGUGGAGCUGGAAGUAUUGAACAAGUGAACUUCACAAAAGGUAGUGCUUUUGAGUUUGUGAAACAUAGAAUAGAUGAACUAGAUAAAGAAAAUAUGGUGUGCAAAUACACUAUGAUUGAAGGGGAUGCAUUGGGAGAUAAGCUUGACUCUAUUUCUUAUGAAGUAAAAUUUGAAGAGUCCAAUAAUGGUGGCUGCAUUUGCAAGAUGACAACUAAGUAUAUUGGAAUUGGUGAUUUUAUUGUCAAAGAAGAAGAUAUCAAGGCUUGGAAAGAUAGUGCAAUUGGCAUAUAUAAAGCUGUGGAAUCUCACCUCCUUCAAAAUCCAAACCUUUAUGCUUAAAUUGCUUCGUGUUAAAAUGAAGCCUAUGACUAUGAUCCUUCUUUCUUUAAUAAAAAUAAAGAAACAUUUUAUUGUUAAAGAUAUAUAGCAGUCCAAAAAUCAUCCCUAUAGUUUUACCAGAGGGUCACAUAAGAAGCAAAAUUCUGUUAGAAGUGGAUGGAAAAUUUAAUAGAGGGAUGCUUUUGGUUAAGUUUUGGGAACUUAAGGGAUGAAUUUUGUUAAGUGGAAUAUUAAAAGGAUGUAUUAAAAGUUGAGAUGACACUAUAAGGAUAAUUUUGGUCAAAAACUCUAACAAAUUGUAUCCAAUGGAUGUGCAUUUAAUGUUUAAUGCUUAUUUCAACAUUGAUUAAUAUCAACGUGGCUGUACUUUUGUGUUUC